ACUGCUGAGUGCUUCUCAGAGACAGCAAGCAGAGUCAAGAGGACAAUGAUGAUGAAGAUGAAACAGACUCUUUGCAGAAUCUCCUGCUUGGUAACUCUUUUGGUGGAGCUGAGCUGGAUAAAUGUGGGCCACAGCAUGCACAGAGAAGGAGGAAGUAGGGUAAUGAAGCAGUGGGAAAGGAAGGUGCGGUCAGCGUCCAGCCUUGAUGAGCUGCUGAGGCUCGCAGACUUUCCCGACUGGAAGCUGUGGAAGUGUCGUAUGAGACUGCAGCAGCCAGAGACCCAGACAGAGACCCUAUCCUCUCCUCCUUCAGCAGGGUCUCACCGCUCUACACGUUACGCUGCUGAAUCUUACAGCCUGGAGAUACUUAGAGCCAUAGAUGAGGAGUGGCAGAGGACUCAGUGCAUGCCCAGGGAAACAUGUGUCGACGUGGCCAAGGAGCUAGGCACCGACCCCUCAAUGUUCUUCAAGCCUCCCUGCGUGUCCGUCCACAGGUGCAGUGGCUGCUGCAAUCAAGAGGGUGUCACCUGCAGAAACACAACUACUGUAUAUGUCAAUAAAACUGUCCUUAGUGUGAUUCCAUUCAAGUUUAUACCAGAGCCUGUGCUUAUAAAAGUAGCCAAUCAUACAGAAUGCAGAUGCAUGGAGCCUGCCAUAAUACGACGUGAUGCUCAAUCUCACAGGAGCAGUGGCUGCUCGCCGAUCGGACAGCUGUCAGAUGCAGAGGACUCCAGGAGACUUUGCGCCAGUGGGCUGAUUUGGGAUUGUUCAAAUGACAGAUGCAUACCUUACCCUUCCAGCACACCAGAGUUUCCACUCACUUCAUGGAUGCCAGACUGUGAGAUAGAUGUGGAGCGCUGUGACUGUCUUCCGAGGCCUGAGCCCAUUCGUCAGCCAACAUCGAUCCAUCCCUGUCAUCUCAACUCUUCCGUCUGCGCCCUAAAGCAUCAACGUUUUGAUCAAUCCGCCUGCAGAUGCAGACGGCCAAAGUAGAAGUCCUGUGGUGGAAUAAAUUACGACAACCUGCUGGCCAAGGGUGUUUGGAGGCAGAGAAAAAAACGCUCAUAAUUUAUUUACAAUCCUAUUUAUGCUGAUCAUUUUAACUAAUUAAGAUAUUAACUCACAUGACCAUGUUAA